AUCAACAGCAACAGCUGAGAAUGGCAGCAGCCAAUAUGAAAUAUCUGAAAAGAAAAUCAAGAAGAAAAACUGCAGCAGUUAAUUUCUUAUCCAAUAUUUCUUUAGAUGGGACCCACAAAGACACUAAAUAUGCCAUGUUCAAUAGGAAACACCACAGACUGAAAGAGGAGUCAGAGUGUGAGCUUGAAAUAAGUGAAGACGUGGAAGCCGAACGUCUCGUCACCGAUCAAAUAAACUGUGUCUCUCAUAAGAAGCCAGGAAGUGAUACAGGCAUCAAAUGUAGAAAAAAUUCUAUGGAUUCUGCUAAUUUGAAUGUAUUUUUGGAAAAUCAGGGAGUAAUUACACCAAAAAAAUUGUUUAGGACAUCUUCUGCUACUAUAGAUAGAGAGAAGAACUCAAGGAAAAAGCAAUCAUCUAUAUAUGGAGAUCCCUGUUUAAUAAGAGAAAAUUUACAAGCGGACCAAUCAACAAGAAUUGCAGGAAACUCAGUAAUAAAAUCACAGAAUAAAAGGCCUGUAAAUUUCUUUGAUGUUAGAAGUAAGAAAAAGAUUGGUGAAGAAAGGAUAAUCAUUGUAUCCAAGAAUAGAGCUCCAAUGGUUAUAUGUUCUACCUUACCAUAUAAUCGAAGGGUAGAAAAUGAGGAAAUCAAAUCAACGAGACACAGAAAUAUGUCUGGAACAUCCCAUGAAGGACUGUUGUAUCUAGGUCUUCAUGCUAUCGGACUUGUAGAAGAUGGUCAAGAUGUAUCAUACAUUGAACUGUUAGUUCCCUCCCAUGGAAGGCAUUUACACAGAGCAAUGUCAGAGAGAGCACCAUUAAAUAUUGAUCAUACUCUCACACUAAUGCAAGGCCGAGAUCUUCAUAGAAGUCAUUCUUACGACCCUAAUGUACUCUUACACAGACCUUCAGCUGUACCUGGUCUUGAGAAAGUUGUAGAAGAAGGAACAGGUCACCAGUAUGAUCCUAAAUACUUAGAUGAUCCGGAGUUACAGUCUGGGAGUUACAGGAAAUUACUCACCUUCACUUCUUAUAUGACAUCUGUCAUAGAUUAUGUAAAGCCAUCUUCUCUGAAAAAAGAAGUAAAUGAGAAAUUCAAAGCAAAGAACCCACAUAUUCAACUGACUCUUACAAAACUAAGAAGUUUGAAGAAAGAACUGAAAGUCAUAACUCACACUAAGAGCAAUGUUGACCUAUGGGUUGUAGCUGUUGCCUAUGUGUAUUUUGAAAAGCUAAUUUUAAAGCUAUUGAUAAAUAAACAGAACAGAAAGUUGUGUGCUGGAGCAUGCCUGAUUCUGUCUGCUAAGUUAAACGAUGUGAAAGGACCAGAGCUUACUAAACUUAUUGAGCAAGUAGAAGAUGACUUUAGAUUACACAGAAAGGAAUUGUUGACGUUUGAAUUUGCUUGUUUGGUGGCUUUGGAGUUUUCACUACAUCUGUCUGACAAUGAGAUUUAUCCACACUAUCAGAGAUUAUUGUUCCAGUCAUAGCAGAGAUACAGUUCAAGAUUACUCAUCUGAUCAGAUCAUUGCAACGAUCAAGAUCACUCACCAGUUCCAGUUGUAGUAGGGAUACAGAUUACCCACCAAUUUCCAUCACGGCUAGGGAAACAUUACGUACACAUUUAUUCAUCUUAGCAUUUAAAGAUUGUCAUAGUUUGUUUCCUACAACUCAAAUUAUCAUUUAUUUAUUUGUAAUACAUUUAGGAAUAUUGAGUCUAACCAAGAAUUUAGUGAUUAUUAUAUAUUUUACCGGUUUUGUUAUUUGUUAGAGUGAUGACCAAAAUGAUAGCUAGAACAAUAGUUAUAUUCAAUUUAUCAUACCUGGUUACUUUGGAUCAUUAUUUGUGAGAUACCAGUUUUCAUGGCAUUCAUGGAUGAAGGGGAACCACAAAUUUAAAUGUUUCAGGAAGUACAAAUUCUCAAUAGGCUUGUAUGCAGACUUUGGCAAUACCACAAAUUCAAAAUCCAUGUUCAUGCAUUUUUUUUCUCAAAUCCACGAAAAUUGGUAUCUACAAAAAUAAAUAAAUCCAUGGUACAUUAAUGUCAGAACGUACCUUGUUUUCAUUAUCAGGUAUUCAUAACAUUAAUUGCAAUAAUUCAAAAAUUUAUAUCUUACUUUUCAUUUGAUUUUAUAGAAGUCUCAAAUUAUAUACAUGUAUGUCAUUUUUAAACAGAAAGUAAAUUUCAAAUCUAAUAUGACCAUGUAUAUGCUUUCAUUUUGAUCUUUGACUACUUGUACAAAUAUACAUGACUAAGAGCAGUGUGGUCAAAUUUCUUACCAACGGAACAGUUCAGAUAUAUGAUUACAUAGACUGGAAUGGGGUCAAAUUUUUAUUGUUGACUAUAAUAGGAACAGAUAAAUACUUAUACAAUCAAUAACAGUGCUGUAAUUAUUUUAAACUUGGUACAAUAUUAGAUCUUAAAAUAUAAAUGUGCAUUUAAGCUAGAAUGUACCUGUACCAAGACAUAAAACCUACCUCAUUAAUUAUCAGUGUCUUUUUUGUUCAGCUUUAUGAUAUGGUGUAUGUAUUCAAAUUUUUUCACUGUUGAUCAUUUAUGAAGGUCAAACAAGAGAACUAUGUAUAAAAAACAUUUCCAUUAUAGACUUUGUAACAAUUUUUCCAUUCCAAUGGUCAAUUUUCCUUUCCUUGAUUGCUAUGUACUUAUUGUUUGACCCUUCUUAUGGAGUGCAGAUUUCUCUGUUGGUUCAAUGAGCCCAUGAGUUAGUGAUGUAUGAAUUUGGUCAGCAUAAUAUGUUCAUUACUAAAUAUCUUUUACAGCACGGAUAAAGAUAUAAUAAAUUGGUCAAACUUUUUUUUAUCUUGAUAAAGUUAUUGAUAAAGAUUAUAAGUAUUUUUCAAUUACUGUAUCUGUUAUUUUUUGGAUUAACAUAAAUUCACUGGUUUAUUAAUUUUGUAGUUUGAAGAAAUACUUUAACAAAUAUUUCUUUUAUUUUUCUGCAUUGAAGUUCUGUUGUUUGUUCUGUGCAUUGCACUUGUACUGUUUAUGACAUUGUUGCAUGUAAUCUUCCAUGAAGAUUAACUAAGUACUGAGUUUCAUUUUAGUAAGUUUCUUUGCUAUUGUAUCAUAUUGUUUAUACUUGUUUUUUGUUAUCUAUUAUACUGUUAUUUAGUAUAUUAGUAAAGUGCUUUUCCUGUACUGUUUUUAUUGUAUGUAUUUUAUAUACCUGCUUUUAGUUGAAUAAUUCAGAUUAAAAGGUGGAGGUUUGAGAUCUAACCUCACAACAUGUUCUAUUUCCUGUUCCAAAACAAGAACCUUGUCAGUGGGUGUCUUAAUAUCUUUAGGUUUUUAUGCCCCAUUUAUGGGGAUUGUCUUUCAGUCUGUGCAUCCUUUUGUCCGUCUGUUCGUCUGCUCGUCCAUCAGUCCCGCUUCAGGUUUAAGUUUUUGGUCAAGGUAGUUUUUGAUGAAGUUGAAGUCCAAUCAACUUGAAACUUAGUACACAUGUUCCCUAUGAUAUGAUCUUUCUAAUUUUAAUGCCAAAUUAGAUUUUUGACCCAAAUUUCACGGUCCACUGAACAUAGAAAAUGAUAGUGCGAGUGGGGCAUCCGUGUACUAUGGACACAUUCUUGUUGUACUAGAAUUUGGUGUACUGUUGAUUAAUUACUAUUUUCAUGGGUUUCAGUUUUCAUGGAUUGAGGAAUAAUUGUAUUUUUCAUGGAUAUAUGAUUUCAUGGUUUUGCCAAAGUCUGCAUAUAAGGUAAUAUAACCCUAUCUAAAAUUUAACUUCAUUGAACAUUCAACUUUGUGGUUCACCUUUACCCAUGAAAAUUUUCAUUCCUGGAAUAAUAAUAAAUCCACAGAAAAUGGGAUGAUUAAGAGCUAUUGUACAGAGACAUGUAAUGUUGCCAUCUAGAUAUUAGUUGGCAAUUUUGGUUGUUGGAUUGCUGUCUUAUUGAGGUUUAUCUACAAUUUUCUUUUAUUUAUUUAAGAAAUAAAAAACAGGGUAGAUGUACAUGAGAUGGUAAUAUCCAAAAUGUGCAGAGUUAAAAAUAUGCUAGAUUGAUGCAUAACCUAUUUUUUCUGCUUACUCAUUUGAAUGGUUAAAACCUCCAGGUAUGAUAAAUUGUUUGCUAUGCUAUUAUAAAAAUAAUGCAGCAAUAAAAGAAGGUAACUUCAUGUAAUUAAAUAUGUAUUUUUCAGCUCCCUUCUGAUUGUUUAUAUUGUUAUAUUAUUUUACAUGUAGAUAGAAAAAGAUAUCUUUUACAUGAUACAUUACAUAUAUUUCAUAUCAAAUCUAUUAUACUCAUUUUUGUAAAAUUGUUGAUCUCAGUGCUUAUAAUGUAUUUGUUAUAAAUAAAUAUACGAUUAACAUUGAUUCAAUCAAAAAGAUAUAAUCAGAAUUGUAUUUUUGUGGUAUUUUAUUUGGAUAUUCAUGUGCUGAGUUUUCAGAGUAGUAUUUCAAUUUGAUAUAAACAAUCUGGUAAUCACUUUUCAUUUAGUAACAAUUCAGUCAUACACAUAUCUUUUAUGAUAUACCAUGAUGUUAUUAGGCUACUAUUCAGAAACUUGAAAAAGGGGGAUUCUAGGAGUUACCACUUGGUGAAGGGGAGAGGAUCCAACUCAAUUGGUAUUGAUUUUUACCUGAUUUAAAAGCAAAUAUAUAAAAAAAAGCUUAUAACUCCUAGAACCUCUCUAUGGAUUUGUCAACAGUUAUUAUAAUUGUAUAUACUGGUAAUGCUUUUUGGCUGUUAACUAUAUGACUAAGAAAUGGCAUAGAAAUAAUUUAUGUGAUAUAAUGUAGUGAAUGUACUGUGCAUAGGUGGAAAUAAGCACUAUCACCUUGACAUGGCAAGCCUAAUCAAAAUUACCUUGCCCUCUAAGCUUAAUUAGAUUCUAGUAUUGAAGGGCAAGUAAUUUAUUUUUAAUGUGGUGCAGUUGAUAUUUAAUAAACCCGGCCAUGUUCUGAGUUAGAAUGAAUGUCUUAUCUCUAUCAUGUGCACAUAUAUAUUUGUUGAUGUUAUGCUUAUUUGUAAAUAUUGAUUUUAUUGUCUUUGAUGGAAAUUUCUUGUCUUAUAAAACAGCCAGGAAUAGGUGUUAUGUAGACAUUCCCAAUAGAGAUUAGUUAAAAUAUAUCACAGGGAAUUUUUCUCCUUGUAGCUAUGCUCCAGUGACUUUUGAAUUUUUCAAUGUUUGAUUGUGUUUGUAAUAGAAAUAUGUUGAUAGGUUAAUAUUCACACAUUGAAUGUUGUUACAUAUUUAGCAUACCAGUACAUGCAUUUCAUUUCCAACAGAAUUUUAGACUGUUUUCUGAGUCUUUGCUUUGAUGACAAGACAGUGUCAACAUAUAUUUUUUCUGCCUAACAGAAGUUCCCCUGGAAACUUUAUAUUAAACAAUGUUGUAAUAUCUGUUCCUGUUGUAUUCUAUACCCUUUGUUCUGUAAUGAACAAAUUCUGUAAUAUUUGUUCCAGUGGAAAAAAAUAUUACAUAAAAUUGAGAAUGGAAAUGGGGAAUGUGUCAAAGAGACAACAACUUGACCAAAGAGCAGAAAACAGCCAAACAGAAUAUUUGUUCCAGUGGAAAAAAAUAUUACAGAAUAUUUCUUCCAUUUGGAACUAAUACUAUAAAGGAACUUCUUUUUCAUGACAACAUCUUACAUUUGUUCAAAUAAGUGUGUUUAUGAAGAAAUAAUUUAAUUUUGGAUAUAGACAUCUUUUGAUUGGCUGAAAGUUUUUUGUCUAUCAGCUCAUAGACAUAAUUUGGUCAUGUGACUGUGACGUCAUCAACGUUUUUUCAUGAUUUACUCCUUAAAAAUGGAAUUUAGCAUUAAAUUAUAAGGAAUGACUAAUAUUUUUUCUGUCUAUUCGAAAUAACCUCAAAAAUGUUGUGCACACUUUUAAAUAACCCGCUACACAGUUAUUCAGUGUGCACCACAUUUUUUAUGUUAUUUCUUCAUAGACAGAAAAAAUAUUACAGCCAUUCCUUAAGUACUAUAUUAGACCAGUAGUAUUUAUUAUGUUGCUACAAUAUCAUUCAUGGAUUUCAGUAAAAAGCAUUUUAAAAUAUAUAAUUGGUGUCCUGCAGUCAUGAUUCAGUGAUGUUUAACAUUUCUGUUUUUCAAAUGUUAAGUAUUCAAAUUUUAAAAUUAAGAUCUAAUCCCAUAUAAAUCAAAUUACCGGUACUGAUUUUGUAACUCCUUGCAAAGAGAUUGUGGAAGGCUGUGUAGGAAAGGUAUUGUGUGUUCAUGAAGUGUGUAUACAUGUCUGUGUUUUAGUAGACAUGGUAGAUAGCAAGAUUCAUAUUUGAUGAUUUUUUUGGGCAGCACAAGCAAUUGAUAAUUAUAUCCCAUUCCCAAUUAAUAGUUUAACUUGGUGAUUUUUGUUUUUAAGAUAUAAUUUGAAAUUGAACAUGAGGCAUAAAAAUGAGUUUGUCAGCACAUUGAAAUAGUCAAAAUCAUACCAGUUUUCAUGUUUGGCAGUUCUAUACUCUUAGUCAGAACCUUGAUCUCUAUUUGUUGCUUUCAUUAUUUAGAAGUAAUGUAUAUAUUAUUGUAAGACAUAUUCUCUGACAGAACAAAAAGACAGAUAUAUAUAACUAUACGGUUGAAUUUUCUCAUCAAGCCACAUUGAACCAGGAAGAAAUGUGGUAAAUGUCUAUUAGACAACAACCCCAGAUGGCAUAUAAAACUAACAUUUUGAAUAUGGUGUGUUUUCAAAUCAAAAUAAAAUAUUUCUAACACCCACUCCUCCCCCUUGAGCUGAACUUCACCAAUUUUAAAUUUUAAACAAACACUAUGUUUAUUUUGAUUAUCUUAAAAAUGUUGCACCUUUGAAAUUCAAUCAUUUAUUUUCUGUUUAUUAUCAUUUAAUCUAACUAAAGCUUCACAUUCAUUUCUCAAUAUUUAUUUGGUUUCUGCUGAUAUUGUUUUAACUAUACUGUUGGAAUUAUUUGUAUUAUGCAUAGAGUAAGAAGGCUCUGCGGAGCAAUAAUGUAUUUCAAGUGUCAGGCCAAUUAAUGUGCCAUCAUUGUAUAUGUUUUAAAAUGACAUGUGAUAUUUGUUAUGAUGUCCUGUUUUUGAUAUAGUUACUUUGUUACUAGUAAUAAAAUUGACUAAUUC